UGCGCAGAGGCGUUGACGCCAACUUUCUUAGCCCAAACCGGUCGUUCAACGAAAUUUCAAAAAUUCGUUAUAUUUUUUAUGGCCUCUUGAGCGAGGGGCGGAUUUGGAUAGCGGCGUCCGCUAGGGGUUGCUUGCUGGGUCGCUUCGCGCUUGCGCACGUAGUUCGCGCCACUGCUACGUCGCUUGCAAGCCAGAUGUUCUGAAAAGCUUCCUGUCGCCGUUCCAUUGCUCCGCAUUUUUAUCAAUAAUUUAAUAUAAAAUGUACACUAGGACUUAUAAAUUGUUUUCUAUAAUAGUGAAAUAGUCAGUGAUUAAUUGAAAAUGUCUAGAAUAUAGACAGUGGUUUGUGACUGAAAAUUAUUGAGCGUCUUGAUGUCCACGAGUUCACUCGGGAAGUCGGGACCAACAAAGCGGCGGACAUUUUAUUUUGAGUACUCGAUAAUGUAGCGUUUGCGUUGAAAACAUUAAUGUGGUUUUAUGGUUAUAAAUUCUUAUAUCGUUCGCUUACACCUUUCCGAUGCCGAGGGGGGUGAAGCGAGGGUCGGCGGAGGGCGAGGCCGAGGUGGUGGUACGUGCUGGGGUGUCUCCAUCGAAGACCACGCUUUUAGACGAUAGCCCAAGUCAACCCAUCAGCUACCACCUAUUGGAUCACGGCUAUGGGGCCACGCCUCAACACCUGAUCAGACGAGAGGAGCUCUCGUCACCGCCUAAAACAUCAGAGGCGGUGAAAAGAAGACUGAAUCUGAGCGAGAGUAGUUCAGGCAGCCAAGGGCAUGUGGUGCCCAUGAAGGCUGAUUUCAAGACGCCCAAACAGAAGCGCGUCAAAGUGCUCACGCCGUACAGUCGACCGUCCAGUUCUAUGAAAAAAUACACCGAACGUUCCAGAUUUGACACAUCAUUAGGUUUACUCACGAAAAAGUUCGUCGCUCUGCUAAAAUCAUCACCCAAUGGCGUCCUCGACUUGAACAUAGCGGCGGAACAACUAUCGGUCCAAAAGCGUCGGAUAUACGAUAUAACUAAUGUAUUAGAGGGUAUAGGAAUAUUAGAAAAGAGAUCGAAAAAUAAUAUACAGUGGAAAUAUGGUGUGGGCGGCGGCGAUGCUGAGGGCGGCGUGCGCGCGGACGAGUCUCGCGCGCGGAGACUGCGCACGGACGUUCGCGCGCUGUGCGGGCGCGACGCGCGGCUGGCGCGGGCGGUGCUGGUGGCCGACCGGGCGCUGCGGGCGCUGUCGGCCGCGCACGCCGGCCUCGCCUACAUCACCUACGCCGACCUGCGCUCUAUAGCGGACUUCCGCGCGCAGACCGUCAUACCCAUCAAGGCCCCGCCCGACACCAUACUCAGGGUACCUCAUCCAGACGAGAAUGGUUAUAUGUUCUACCUAAAAUCAAUGUCCGGUGAAAUUGAAGUCUUCCUCUGUCCCAAGGAACGGCCUCCAUCACCACCUCCCUCAACGGAAUUGCUACCUUCCUAUCCACUCUUAGAAGAUAAUAAGGCGCUACUCGCUCCGCUGAUAGCUCAGCUGCAACCUUGCAGUUCUAGUACUAUUGCUGCAGAUUAUACCACGCCCGUAAAACGCGAGCCGGACUCCGGGGACGAUCCGAGUCCGGCCCCGGCGGGCCCGAGCCCGGCGGCGGCGGGCCCGAGCCCGGCGGCGGGCCCGAGUCCAGCGGCGGGCCCGAGCCCGGCGCGGGCCGUGUGGCGGAGCGCGGACCCGACGCUGGCACGCGUUCUAGAACAAUCGCCGCCGACGGAUCUCUCCUCGCUCUCGGCGCUCUCCAUGCUCUCCACCCCCGACAGUUCUGUGCGAGGUAGGCUUCGUAACGCCUUGAUAGCGGAGAGCGAUGAUUUCGCGCCAAUUAUGGGUGGUGGUCGUUUUCAGUUCCAGACCGAAGACCAGGAGUCAGAGCCACUGGAGCUGGAGCCGUUCCUGGCGCUGGAGCCGCCGAUGUCGGCCACCGACUACGGCUUCUGUCUAGAUCACACCGAGGGCCUAACGGACCUUUUCGACUUGAUCUAGAGCAAAAUAACUGCAAUAACCGGUUUAGUUCAAUUUCUUUUACGUAUCGCUGUGAAAAAUACUUAUUAUUCAAAUCUAGUAUGUUUUUCUUCAAUUUAUUAUUUCGUUACAUUUUGUGACUUCUGCUCAUGACGGAACUAAGGUUUUUGUCGAGUAUAUUUAAAGUAAUAGUAAAUAAUCGAUUCAUAAUAUAAUGGAUUUAGAAUAGCCAGAGAUUCCUAUAAAGCUAUGGAAUAUUAAUAAGAAAAAUAUGUAUAAGAUUAAAAGCUUUCCUUAAUAAAAUGACAACGAAAGAUUUUAUUUGAUUAAUUUGAUAUAAGUCACGAGU